AUGAUCGAGCCGGUGUACAAUUUCACCCUCCCUUCGAUUGGAGGUGACAUGACUCUCGAGGGCCGUCUCUAUCACCCCCCUGAUCUGUCGAAAGGACUCUGCGGAGGCAGUGCCUCCCUUAAAGGAGCUAUUCUAGCCCAUCCGUAUGCUCCGCUGGGCGGAUGCUUCGAUGAUCAUGUCGUGCUCAGCUUAGCAAAUACAAUGCUAUCUGCUGGCUUCAUCGUGGGCACGUUCAACUUCAGGGGAGCCGGUAACUCGAAAGGAAAGACUACUUGGUCCGGACGAGCUGAGACGGAAGACUAUACGACUUUCAUAGGCUUCAUGAUGCACUACCUACAUCAACUGAAACAGAGUGAUCUACGGCAAAGCAAACCCUCAGACUCUGCAGAAGCGCACGAACUGCCGGGCUUACGCCUACUAUUAGGCGGGUACUCGUACGGUUCGCUAGUUCUUGCGAGGCUACCACCAGUGUCCGCUAUCGUUGCCCGCUUUGAGCGUGCACUGGAGGGUACUGCGUCUUGGGAGACUAUGUUACGUGCCAGUAGCUUUGCACAUCAGACAUUGCAGACACUCGAAGAUACUAGCAGUCAACCAGCAUCACGGGGCCGAAACUGGAAGCCAGAGGAUGCAACAUCAGAUUCUCCCAAGCGUGCUAAAGCCUCGCCUGUCGUGGUGGGGGGUGAAGAAACGGAACCUAUGACCAGGAGACAUAGUAGGGACUCCAAACGGAGUGCCGACCUUGUGCGGGUCAGCGCAGCAGGCGUUGCCCGUCGCAUUCUGCCCCGUGUACGGCGAAGCAGCGACCUGGGGGAGCAUAGCCGUUGGAAUGGUGAGCAUGGUGAGCAUGGUGGAACAGCCACGGGCCAUGGGAUGCACCUGUUGGUGCCCGUGAAUGUCAGCUACCUGAUAGCUUCACCGGUCGUCUUGCCCUUCACGACUCUGCUCUGUCCUCCAGGUCCGCCGUCAGUCGCACUGAGCGUCAGCAAGUCAUCAGCGGCAAACGGCACAUCCGGCUCGCUGUUCCUGCAGCAUCCGACUUUGGCAGUAUUUGGUACGACUGACAGCUUUACGUCAAGCCGCAGAUUGCGAUCAUGGGCGGAGAAGCAAGCACAGCUGUCGAAAGCGUCUUCGUUCAGAUGGCGUCAAGUUGGAGGAGCUGGCCACUUCUGGACCGAAGACGGGGCGAUGCGGGCUUUGCAAGCAGAAGUGGCAGAUUGGCUGUCUGUUGUGCUAUGA